CGAUUAGUUAACAUGUUGGUUAACCGUAUUUUGAAACACGGAAAAAAAUCAUUAGCUUAUCAAAUUAUCUAUCGAGCGGUGAAAAAUAUUCAACAAAAAACAAAAAAAAAUCCACUAUCCGUUUUACGUCAAGCAAUAGGUCGAGUCACUCCCGAUAUAACAGUCAAAGCAAGACGGGUAGGUGGAUCAACUCACCAAGUUCCCGUUGAAAUAGGAUCCACACAAGGAAAAGCACUUGCCAUUCGUUGGUUAUUAGCGGCAUCCCGAAAACGUCUAGGAAAAGAUAUGGCUUUCAAAUUAAGUUCCGAAUUAGUCGAUGCUGCCAAAGGGAGUGGCGCUGCCGUACGCAAAAAGGAAGAGACUCAUAGAAUGGCAGAAUCAAAUAGAGCUUUUGCGCAUUUUCGUUAAUACAUGAAUAGAGUUUUAGGGUCUGGUCUGGUCUGGUCUAUCCAGCUCAAUUGGAAAAGAAUCAAGAGAAUAAGUAAAGAAUCAUAAGUAAUAGAAAUUGAUUUCGCAAAAUUGACACAUCAAUAAGGAAUAAACUAAGCUCUCGGGGACUUUAUGAAAGAGUAACCUCGCGUGAAUACAAUGCAAUUGGCACUUUUUUUAUAGGAAUUGGAAGCAGUUACUAAUUCAUGAGCUAGGAUAUACAGAAUGAAAACUUCAGUUUAUAAAAAAGAUAAUACCUUGGUUAUAUUUCAUCUCUUCAACAAGUUUAGUAAUGAGCAUAAUGGCCUAUAGUUCAGAUGGAAAGAUGACCCAAUUCUUAGUUUUUCAAGAAAUUUUCAAACAAACAAAUUGAACGAAAUUGAACUGUAUUCAUUUAUCUAUCCGUAUAGUACAUUGAAUAUACAGAAGCUCUAGUAAGAAUGUUUUGAUAUGGUGCUAAGGAUUUCAUAAUUCUAUUUGUAUUUGUAACUCGGGAAUGUUUUCGUUUUUACUCCUACCUAGUAUAUGGAUAGACCAAUAGGGUUCUGAACUUAGAAUUUGAAAAAC